AUGACAAAGGGCCCUCGGAAAGUGAAACUAGUCAUUGUAGUCAACAAUAAGAAAGAUCCUCCUACGUUCAAAACACUCACGCCGACAUCGCGCACUCAACUGAAACAACAGUUGAUGCGCGAACAUGCGCAGGAGCAACUACGCAGGGAAUCUUUACAAGCACAGCAAGCUGGUCAAUCCAAAGACAAUGAAGAGAAGAAAAAGUCAAUCCCCACAGACGUGCCUCGCAUCACGCCGCAUGUUGAACUACCUCCACAGGUUUUACAGGUCCGAACAGUUUUGGAGAACCCCACCAGGUAUCACGUGAUCCAGAAGCAGAAGAGCCAGGUCCGACAGUAUCUCAGUGAAUCUUUUCAACCUCAGAAUCAGGUAUCGAGUGUGGUUCGAGGGGCGCCGGUACAAUCAGCGCCAGAAUUGGGCGCGCAGAGGUCACAAUCCCCCGACCGUGCCUCUUCAUCCAGUCUAUUAUCCACUGGACUUUGCUCCGUGGGUACUACAAACUCGGAGACGGAUGAAUUCCUGGAGGACAUCCUGUCAUUGGACGGUGCGGGGCUGUCGUCGUCGGGUCCUCCGUCCGCAGCGAGCUCGGUGGCGGGGGACACGGCGCUACUCUCCGACGCAGACAUGCACGCGCUCGCCAAGGACCGACAGAAGAAGGACAACCAUAACAUGAACGCUGAUAUAUACGCUCUUGUCAAAGAUCGCCAGAAGAAGGACAAUCAUAAUAUAAUCGAACGUCGUCGCCGGUUCAACAUCAACGAUCGAAUAAAAGAACUCGGUACCCUCCUGCCUAAAACCAACGAUCCAUUCUACGAGGUCAUCAGAGACGUCCGUCCGAACAAAGGAACUAUCCUCAAGUCUAGCGUCGACUACAUCAAGUGUCUGAGGGACGAAGUGAACAGAUUGAAACAGAGUGAACAGCGACGGAAACAGAUAGAAUUACACAACAGAAAGCUAAUGCUUCGAAUACAGGAAUUGGAAAGGUUGGCGCGUAUGCAUGGUCUACCAGUGUCCGGUGCUGACGGCUGGACCGAUUCUCACGAUACUGACUCCGGACAUGAGACCAUAGAGCCCUGUCCCUCACCAUCACGCAACACACCCGAAGUAAUAAUGCCGAAAACCGAACCUUCACCCCUCAUGGAGCUAGCCGAUCAACCACCGGAUUUAUUGAGGGACAUGCCAUCGACAGAAUGUCUCAACGCGCUAGACGCACUAGAUGGUCUGAAGCUGGACGGAUGUUCGCCGCUGUCACGGAGCGAAGGUCUAUCGCUAGGCUGUCUGGAAACACCACUAUGUCUCGACACAGAUGUAUUCUCACAUAAAGAUAUGAAGAUGCGUUUGUCCCCGUCUCCUGGUCUCCUGGGCAGCGAUACGGACGCGGUACUGAACCUAGCGCAAAUCGAAGACCUCAUGGACGACGACUCACACAACCCCGUCACGCAAGGUGAUCCAAUGCUGUGUUCUUCGCCGACAUCCCAGCUUUGUCUCAGCGACGUUGUAGCAGAAGCUGCCGACAGGAACAUAUCCUCGAUCCUCCACGACGACACACCUUCAUACAACCACUCCUCAGGUACUUGCACUGUGUACUUUUUUGUUGCAGUUUAUGUUGUGUAUUUGUGUCUUUAUUGCUGUAUUUUCGAUUUGUUUAGAAAGAGUCGUAAACGAUAUUGAUGCACGAUAUAUAUAAGGUAUAUACACUUUCUUUUCAAAUAAAUGAAAAAUUUAAAAUAAAGAUUCUCCAUAAAUAUUUUUUUCUGAAUGAAACUUUACUUGUAAAUUUUAUUUUACACGAUUAAAGGACUCGCAAUUAUCAAUGAUCAAAGGACAUCAUGUUAAACGUUUUAAUGAUUCAACUACAAAACUAGGUGUGAAGGUGGCGCCAUUUAAUUAAAGGCCUAGCCGUAAAAUUAAAUGGUUAUUAUGACCAGUUGGUUGCAACGUAGAUAGUGUUUAUUAUAUUCUUCGCUUUGGUUUUGGUAUGGGUGCAUUUUUAAUAAUAAAUGCGGUGCUUAACGCUUUUGAGAUUUAUUGGGCUUGUAUAAUGAAAUAAAAUGGUAGCUUAAUAAUAGAGCCUAAUUGUAGUAUGUAGUAUUUAGUUUUAAUAUAUUCAAUAUUUGAUAGAUUUUGUCAGUAUAUCUCAAAUCCGUUUAAAGUCGGUGCACAUGCAUUGAUAUCUGAUGUAAAACUUUGGACCCCUUCUUACAAAAAUUACGGGGACAGAGAAUCAUGAUGCCACAAUAAAAAAUUACGUAGAUAAUGGAGUAGUAUAGAAUGUUUGUGGUUGCUAUGGAUAAAGAUUACUAUCCUUUAAACUGUCACCGUUCAUCGACGUCUGAUGCUAAUAUUUAUAAAAUUUAGAUAACCAUGCGUUGUCAUUGUUUUGGGAGAUGAAAGUCCUUGGAAUAUUGGAAUCAUUAGUGUCUGUUCGUAUGAGUGAAAUUCAUAGAGAUAUAAAUUUGUUAAAUUUGUCCAUCAUGAUCAUAUAUACAAAAGGCUACUUGUCUGUUUUGGAAAAAUAUUUUAAAACUAUCAAACAUAUGAGCAUAUUAAAUCGGUUUUGAUUUUGAAUUUCGCACAUAAUAAAUUAC